ACCCCAACCAGCGCGUGACGUUGCUCACCGAUGCGAAGGGAGUAACGAACGCGCGAGCGCCGCGGAAUCCUCCCGACACGAAGGCUGGCCGGGGCCCUCUCGUUUCACACCUGCCGAGCGCGCGCCCGACCCGAGAUCGAAUAUACGCGGAGGCGCGAUUCCGAUCGCGCGCCGAGCGAUGCGCGGCGCAGUCUCACGUCUCGCUGCUGGGCAUGCUCCAACGUCGUCGACGUUCCACGGCUCGCCGCGAUUAGGUUAACGCCACGUCGGGUGCGCCGCCACCGUAAACACACGGGCGCGCGGCUCAGCGUUGCGAGGCGCGAGCGCAACGCGAUGGACCCCGGGGCGGUUUCGAUUCUCAAGCGGGCGGUGGAGAUGGACAAGAAUGAGCAGUACACGAUAGCGCUGGUGCUGUACCAGGAAGGCGUGCAGAUACUCAUCGACGCGAUGAAAGAGACGAAGGAGGCUAACAGGACGUAUCUCGCGGCCAAAACGAAGGAGUACCUCGACAGGGCCGAGAUUGUGAAGCAGCUGAUCAGUACGAGAAAGUCGCAGGGCAAAUACAGGGAGUUCACCAAGAUCGAGAGUGGAUCCACGGGCCACGGUUACGAGAGUGUCUUCGGUAGAUUCCUGGACGGCACCGUCAAGUACAUCAAUAUCGAGGAUCCGUACAUACGAGCCUUUCACCAGUGCCAGAACCUGGUCAGACUGUGCGAACUGGCGGUUCGGAAGUGCCGUACGUUGUCCAGGAUAUCCCUGAUCACGACUUACGACGCGAAGGAGUUGCAGCAGGUCACGAGACUCGCCGAGCUGAAAGAAAGCUUGGCGUCUCGCAACAUUGCCUUCGACUUUUCCUUCUCCGAGACCCUGCACGACAGACAGAUCAGAUUGAGCAACGGAUGGGUGAUAAAAAUCGGGCGUGGACUGGAUUACUUUAAAGCGCCGGAGAGUAAAUUCGCCCUCGGCGUGUUCGAUCUGGAGUUAAGACCGUGCAAUGAGACCACCGUGGACAUUUUUCAUGAGAAUAAUCUUCAGAACGCAAUCAAAUAGGACGUGUUGACUUAAAAAUUAACAAGACAAUGGUUAAUAUUUUUUUAAAUACAUUUCUUAGUAAACGUACGUGUAUCAUGGCACUUUUUUUAAUGACAAAAUAAAACAUUCAUAUUUUUACAGUACGCAUUCGUAUCCUUGCGAUAGGAUACUCUGACAGUUACAUAUAUAUCUGUACAUAUUUAACAAAGAUACUUGUUCUGUCCGCGUUUACUCCUCAACGAUGUGAUGAUAUACUUGUAAUUAUAGCUUACAAUUAUAAAA